GUGAGCGGUCCGGUGGAUUUAUUUUUUAAGGGGAGGAGAGCGCACUCUAGAUCUACCUUAGAAAUUUUGCAAUUAGUAAAACAGAAACGCUAGGCGUUGAGCGACUGCAAUCUUUUCAUCUAGUUGUGACUAUCACAGAAAGGCUGGAGAACUUCCAGGGUUAGAAAUACCUGCCCUGUUGGAGACGUUGCAUAAGACGAAAUGUCUGCAAUCCAGGGGGAAAAAAAAGUGGGAGGGAAAAGGAAGAAGCAACCGUCUCUUGCCGAAGGAAACGUCUUCCUCGGAAAUGCACAAUUCCUCCAAAGGCCUGUAUGUGUUGCAAUCUCCUGGCCCUUGCAGAGGCUGCGAACGAAGCAGAAGAAGCCACCUCUCUCACGUGAGGCGAGGAAACAAGACCCGAGCCUCGCUCCCGACCCCUCGGUCACCCGCGCAGGGAAGAAGGAAGGGAAGAAGCAACCGGAGAGGAAGGAGGAGCGGCCCCGGCCCAGGGCUCCUUUGAUGCCCAUCACUGUGCAAGCCCCGCCCCUCACCCAAUAGGAAGCCUCGGCGGCUCUGACUGAUAGACCCGGCCACGAGUCCCUGCUAGGGAUGCGGCUGGGCUAGCACGAUGGGGUUAAUCACGGCUUCUGGACGCAGCAAGUUGGUGCCUUUGCCUUGACGCUUGCUCCGGACGCUCAGGGCAUUCCCUGCCCCGGGGCGUUCCUCCGGGCAUUUGGGGGCUUGGGGUUUUCUGCGUUUUUCUUUCGUCAGUCUCUGCUGCAGGGUUGCUCAUUCUGGCCGGGGAGGCAAGCAAGGUCUGGAUGGCGUAGCCGGGACGCGGCGGCUGCAGCUCUAGGCGUGCGGGCAAGCGCGGAGGAAAGUUGCAGCCCGGUUGCCUCCGAAGUUGUCCUCGCCUGCUUUGACAGAUCGAGGUGCUGACAAGUGUGGAAGACGCUGUUCUGAAGAUCUACAAUAGCAUCUUUUCAAAGGACAGACAUUGGCAUAAAGAACAGCAAAAGAAGUUGAUCUGAGAAACCCAACACUGCAAACAAUGACUUCAACUUAUAUAAUUCCUGUAUUUACUUUGGUGCUGUGGUAUUUGGCAUCGGCAGGUCCUGCGCCCACAAAUGAGUGUGUGUUGUCACCUGUCAAUAGCUCCCACCCUGUGCAAGCCUUGCUGGAGAGCUUUACUGUCUUAUCAGGCUGUGCAAGUCAAGGAACUGCUGGGUUACCACAGGAAGUUCAUGUUCUCAAUCUGCGAAGUCCCGAGGAAGGCAUUGGCCACCAUGAAAGAGAGGUCACCUUACACUUGAACCCAAUUUCUUCCAUUCAUAUCCACCAGAAGCCAUUGGUGUUCCUUUUGAAUUCUCCAGUGCCUUUAGUGUGGAAGGUAAAAACUGAAAGACUUGCCCCUAGGAUCCCAAGGUUUUUCUAUGUUUCUGCAGGCUCCAUUGUGCUGUUUGAAAAAGAAAACUUCUCUUCGUCAGCAAAGAUAGAAGAAAGGCCUCUCCCUCAGGGAAAUAAGCAUCUUUUACAGUGGGCCCAAAAGGCAUAUGGGGCAGUAACAUCUUUCACUGAACUCAAAAUAUCCAAAAACGUUUACAUCAAAGUGGGUGAAGAUCAGUUUUUCCCUGCAACAUGCAAUAUAGAAAAGAAUUUUAUUUCCCUGAAUUAUCUUGCGGGAUACCUGCAGCCAAAGCCUGCAGAAGGGUGCAUCAUCUCCAGUACUGACCAAGGAAAAGAAGUUCAUAUAAUUGAGUUAAUCACCCCAGACUCCAAUCCAUACAGUGCUUUCCAGGUGGAUAUCAUCGUUGACAUUAGACCAUCUAGGCCAGACAUCACACUUGUCAGGGACCUUGUGCUUAUCCUCAAGUGUAGAAAAUUUGUAAAUUGGGUCAUCAAGUCACAUGACGUUAAGGGGCAACUGGAAGCGAUUGCAGCGAAUAGUGUUGGCUUUGGAAAAGAAUCUGAACGUUCUAUGAAGAUGACUAAAACCAUAAUAUCUGAUAUUCCAUCCUUUCAUGAGAGUUUGAUUACAUGGGCUUAUGACCAUGGCUACAGUCCAGUCACUUCCUAUACAAAAGCACCUGUUGCUAAUAGAUUCCAUCUAAGGCUCGAAGACACUGAAGAAAUGAAUGAUGAGGAAGACCAUUAUCUUCCACCGGAGCUAAAGGAACUGCUCCGUAUUGGUAACCCAAUGCCUGCUCCAGUCCCACCCUUGAGCGAUGGCGUUAGUUUUCCUUUCCCCUUCGGUAGAGAGCAUGACAAGCAUGAAGGAACCCUGCCAUCAACAGAUAUGGUGAAUGUGAUGGGCGGCUUUGAGCAGCUACUUCCAAAGAACAAAGAACCAGAAGAAGUGCAGGGCAGCGUUGAUGUUGCUCUGUCGGUAAAAUGUGAUGACAACACAAUGACUGUAACAGUUGCAAAAGACUCGCUGGAGGCUAGUGGUUAUAUUGGGACACAGCUCUCACUGUUGGAUCGGACAUGUAAAGCUAAGAUGAAUAGGACCCAUUUCAUUUUGGAGUCAUCUCUGCAGGAGUGUGGAACAAGACAGAUAGCCUACACCCGAGAUAACAUUGUGUAUCUCAACUCUAUUGUUAUUCAGCUGUCCUCAGCAACUGAAACCAGUGGUUGGGCAGUUGAUUAUGAAGACAUGGAAUCAGGAGAUAAUGGAUUCCCAGGUGACACUGAUGAAACAGACACCACUUUUUCCAGCCAGCCUGAAAUUGUUGUGUUCAAUUGCACAAUCCAUCAACCAAAAGCUCCUAAUCCUCCCAUGCGCUGGCCACCUGAAACACGUAUGAGCAAUGUAUCCUUCAGCAUAGAACUUUACAAAACAGAUCUCUUCCAUAUCCCAACGCAAGGGAUCUUCUCUGUGGCAGUGAAUGGUCAGAUUUUUGUUGAGGUUUCUGUGACCAAGGCUGACAGAUCUCUGGGCUUUGCAAUUCAGACUUGCUUUAUCUCUCCAGAUUCGUACUCUGAUAAGAUGUCAGAGUAUAUAAUUAUAGAAAACAUCUGUCCUAAAGAUGAAUCUGUAAAAUUCUACAACAUCCCCAAGGCUAAUUUCCCUAUACCACAUGCCCUAACUGACAAAAAGCGGUUUAGCUUCAUGUUCCAAUCCGUAUUCAACACCUCCCUUCUCUUUCUGCACUGUGAAGUGACCUUAUGUACAAAGAAAGAAAAAGAUACUCAAGGACUGGCCAAGUGCAUACCUCCUGAUGAAGCCUGCACCUUCCUCAGUGCUGAUAUGAUCCUAACCAUGAUGCCAAAUAAGAAAACUUUCACCAAACCCCUCGCUGUGGUAACUCUUGAAGGGAAGCCAGAAGAUAAAUCUCCUUCCAGUUCAAAGCCUCCCGAGGGGUUACAACCUGUCUUCUAUGGCCUGGACACUCUGACGGUAGUGGGUAUUGCCUUUGCAGCCUUUGUGAUUGGCGCAUUGCUGACGGGAGCAUUAUGGUUCAUCUAUUCUCAUACAGGAGAACCGGCAGGAAGGCAGCAGGUACCUACAUCUCCACCAGCUUCCGAAAACAGCAGUGCGGCCCACAGUAUUGGCAGCACACAGAGCACCCCCUGUUCCAGCAGCAGCACAGCCUAACCCAGGGGGUGGGGUGCAAGUCCAAGGAGCAACAUAGAAGAGCAGAGGUUCAAACGGAGCUUGAGGUCACUUGCUUUGGAAGGACUGGUUUGGGAUCUUUGGCAGGGAUUUCCUUUGAGUUAUUUCCUUCUUUUUCUGGAUAAACACGAUCCUUGAACCUCUUGCAGCAAGCUAGGCUCACAUGACAAAGCUACUAUUUAUGUGCAGCCGUGGAUUGUCUAAAAGGGUCCACUGGCUCUCAAUGUGAAACACAAGCCAGUUUUCUUUUUCCAUACAUGCUGCUUUGUCUGCAGAACCACAGCAUUGGGUUCUGAAAUGGUCAAGAUGACACGAGGUGUCUGUAAAGGGAUUUCAGCCUCAUAAGCUGGGGGAAAGAAUUUAUUUUCCCCCUUCCCUUAUAUAAAGGGAUUCCAUCUCAUCAGAACAGGGAAGUUUGAUGGACGGAGCAACUUGCUUUUAAGAUCACUGAUUGUUCCUCAGCUACAUGCUGUCAUUUCACAGAAGCUUCUGUUUAUCAGUAGUAGUAUUGUUCAGUUUGACUUGGCCCGAAGCAUUUUACCUGCUGUCAUGUUGCCUGCAGCUUUGGAUGUUUGUUUUCCCCAAGUUUCACCCUCUGGUAGCUAGAAGAAUUGGGGGGGGGGGGGGGACAUUCCUGUACAAAACUAUGGGUUUUAAAUUGUUUGAUUAGAUGUUUCGAGUGACUCAUGCAAGCACCCAUUAAUACAUCUAGACAUUCCUUAAUGCAAGCCUCUUUGGAUCCAUAGUGCUGUAUAUUAUCCUAGUGCCAUUCCCAAAUGUUUUGUUAAUGGGAGCCUGCACUGCAGUCUUGUCUUUGUUCAAGAACAUAAUUAUUAGUUUGUAUUCUAAGCCUUCACACUACAGUGUGCAUUACCUGCUACAGGUAGUUUCAUAAUUGACAUAUAAGGCACAAGAGGCCCCUUUCAUGCAUGUGUGCAGUGCUGUCCCCAAUGUUUAAGGCCUUACUAGAUGAUCCUCUGGGAGUGCUUCAUCAGGAACUCUUGGAGUUGCUUCCCCCCCCCCUUU